CUAAUUAGGUACGGACAUAGGUACAUUUAUGCAAAUAUUGCUCAUCACAGACGAUAACUCGCUGCCUUGCCUAUCGUAAUAUUGACCGCACUAAACGCUUAAACACUCUGCCCGUGGAAAUCAUCGGAAACCCGUUUACUCCCAUAGAGAAUCAAAACUGACCACGUCUGCACAUUCCACAAUGAGCAAAGUAACCUUCAAAAUCACGCUAACUUCGGACCCUAAGCUGCCCUUUAAGGUGCUCAGUGUUCCGGAGGGAACUCCCUUUACGGCUGUGCUGAAAUUCGCCUCUGAGGAGUUCAAGGUUCCGGCGGAGACGAGUGCCAUCAUCACGGACGAUGGAAUAGGCAUCAGCCCACAGCAGACUGCUGGUAAUGUGUUCCUAAAGCACGGAUCCGAGCUGCGCCUCAUACCCAGAGAUCGAGUUGGCCAUCAACUAAGCUAGUUUUCCUAAUCCCUUCUUAUUAACCCUUUGAGAUUUUCCCCCUUUUUGAUGCUUAUUAAAUGUUAAACAGUGUACCCGAUAA